AUGUCACCAAACGUUCCUUCACCGCCACCUCAAAUCCGAAUCGAACCUGAAGUCACUGCCACAAAUACGCUUAUACUUACUGAACUAAGUAGAGAAGUCUUUCUGCCUGAAAAUCUUGCGGGAUUACAAAAACAAUUAGAGCAAUAUGGACCGACCCAUAAAUUUGUUCCAAUUAAGUCUUUCUAUCGAAUUCUUGUUGUUUUCUUUCAGACCAGUGAUGCCAUAAUCGCUAAAGCUCAAGUUGAUAGGAUAACCUUUUUGAACAAUACCGUUCGAGCGUAUUUUGGACCG